AUUUUAACAUUAUCCGUUAGAAUAGGACUAAACUUUUACUGGGACUGAGCUUAAAUUAUUUGUCGCACGAUGAACUGGGCCAUCAUCAUCUCGAUUCUGCUCAAUUGCCUUUUUCCAGGCAUAGCCUCGCUGGACGACGACUGCCCCACGUUGGCGGAUGGGGAUAGCUUCUCGCAAACACAGUUACUGGACCGCUUAACCCAUGGCUGCCGCUACGAUCGCCUGGAACGUCCCAUAACCUAUUCGGAAACGGGCCAGCGCCUGCCCGUGGAUGUUUAUAUGAGAGCCUAUAUAUACUUUAUGCAGAAUCUCGAAGCUCAUGAUCUGCAGUUCAAAAUUUACGCCCUGCUGCAAAUGCGCUACUUAGAUCCCCGCCUGAACUUCCGUACUGUGAGCCCGAAGAGAAAACAGCCGAUCCUUGGGGAGCAGCAGCUUCGGGACACCCUCUGGAUGCCCCACAUAUUCCUGGCCAACGAACGGGACUCCAGCAUAUUGGGUAUGGCCGAAAAAGAUAUUCUAACCUCCAUCUCACCAGAUGGUACUGUGAUAGUCUCCAAUAGGAUUAAGGCCACUCUGUACUGUUGGCUUAACCUCAAGAAGUUUCCGUUCGACGAACAGCACUGCUCCACUGUCCUCGAGAGUUGGAUGUACAACACCUCGGAACUGGUGCUUCAUUGGGAACAAAAACGUCCCAUAACCUUCGAUUCUGGCCUCCAUCUCACCGAGUUUGUGCUGCAAAAGUCGUGGUAUAAUGAAACGGUUAUAAAUGCGGAUCUCAGCGAUCUGCGGCAUGGAGCCUUUGCCGGAAACUACAGUUCCAUGAGCUUUACAGUCCAUCUGACCCGUGUGGUUGGUUUCUAUUUGAUGGAUUACUUUCUUCCCUCCAUGCUGAUUGUGGCCAUAUCGUGGGUAUCGUUUUGGCUGCAAGCAGACCAAGCCCCACCGAGAAUCACCCUUGGAACCAGCACCAUGUUGACCUUCAUAACACUAGCCUCGGCCCAGGGCAAGACCCUGCCGAAAGUCAGCUACAUCAAGGUGUCGGAGGUGUGGUUUCUGGGCUGCACCAUCUUCAUAUUUGGCAGCAUGGUGGAGUUCGCGUUCGUGAACACCAUUUGGCGGCGCAAGAAUAGUGUGCCGGUCAAGAAACUAAACAGCAAGCACAUACUAAAGUCCACCUUGUCGCCGACACUGCUGCGCCGUAAAAGUCAUGCUCGUUCGAAGUCCUUUUCGGGCGUGGCACUCCAAAAAGCUAUGGAUGCGGGAUCGCUGGGCGGCGAACCGAACUUCAAUAACUAUCUAACGGUGAACCUACCAAUAACCACCAUUAACGAAGGUCAGGUGAUGGGCAACACGCACAAAAAGCUGGACGUGAACUUCGUGGAGAGCGCCUUUGGCGGAAUGGCGUCGGCCCGAUCAACAGGAACGGUGAACAGUGCAGCGACCACUUCGCAGUGUGGAAGCAACAAUCGUCUGGACAACAGCAGCGCAGAACCACUAGGCGAGGAGGAGGUGGACUUCAGUGGCUGGACGACACUAACACCGCAGGAGAUCGCCAUUUGGAUCGACAGUCGCGCUCGUUUUGUAUUUCCCGUGGCCUUUUUGGUCUUUAAUCUGUUUUUCUGGACAUUUGUCUAUUUUAUUUAAAUAUGCCCUUAAUAUUCGUCAUACCUGUAGAGUUUAAUGUUUUGUCUCAAGUGUUUUGUAUUAUUAUUUGUUUAAAAACUUAUGAAAAAUAGUUUAAAAAUCAUGUUUUUUCCCAGGAAAUUCUUUAUGUUUAAGGUCUCUUGGAGAUUCUUUUAUUUUUGUUUUAAAUACCCAUUGUAUAUGUUUGCUUUUG